UCUAGCACGUGAUUGCACGUCCAAUUUCUGUAGCAUUUCGAGCAUACAUAGAGAGAAGCGUUUCGUCUUAGUACGUUCAGUUUGUCAGCAGAAGGCCAAUAUCUCGCUUGUAUCUCAGCUCUCUUCCUGCGCAUCAGAUAACACACUAUGAUAUACUGCCUUCUGGAAUCCAGCUUAUAAUAGUUACAAAUCAAACGUAGGACAAUAUGUAGUGAAUUUCUUACAUUGCGGAAUAGAUUAAUAUAAUCUGUGAAUUGUUUGAUACAAUGACUAUCCACGGUUCUGCGAGGGGACAAAGUUAUCCACGUGGGGCUAGUGUUUCUUCUUACUCCAGCACGGGUUCAGGGAUGGAGCAAACGACACCUCUUCUCCUGGAGCCCAACGAUUUCAGUGGCGGAUCACAUUCGAGGUCUAGUAGUGUAAGAGAGCAAAGGGGUACACGAGGAACUGACUCCUCCAGGGGACUUCUGCCUCCUACACCUGGUGUUAUUAGAGGCGGAUCAUUUAGAGAACCUGGAGAGUUAAGACAAAAAGCGGAAAAGUACAGGAAUCGAGGAAUUGGUCCUCAAGUGUGUGAUGAGAACCGUGGGGGUCCGUCGGGGAGUUCCCCCGAUCUAUUGUCUGUGUCUUAUGAGGACGUUGGUCGCGGAAAACCGGACCCAAACCUUCGGAGGGUCCGAUCAUUUAAGACAACAUCAAAGGGCGUGGUGAACAGAGGGGAUUCUUUUCGGAAAAAAGGAGGAAGGUGUGGUGGAUAUGGGAAGGAGAGCCCACCCCGCGGUCUAACGCCCAAUGUUAGCCCUCAUUUGUCGGGAAGUCCUCGUUUACCUCCCAGACCACCCUUGGAAGUGGACAAUAACCCCUCUUAUUUCAAAAUAGUGGCUCUUGGAGCACCCGGGGUCGGGAAAACGGCAAUCACCAAUCAGUUCAUGACUUCCGAGUACAUUGCAUUCGACUCCUCCUUGGAUCAAGGGGAACACGAGAAAACAAUUUGUGUAUUACUGAAUGGCGUAGAGUCCACUGUGGAAGUUCUUGACGGCGCGGACAUGCAGAGUAGUUUGGAGGACAUUCGGGCUGAUGCUUUCCUCGUGAUAUUUUCUAUCGCUCAUCGAGAUACGUUCGAUGCCGCAGUUCAGCUACUUCAGGAGUUGCGCAUGGACCUGGGGACCGACAGGACCACGAUUCUAGUUGGGAACAAAUCCGACCUGGUUAGAAAACGCAAGGUUACAACUGAAGAAGCACUGGAAUUGGCCCAUCAGUUUGAUGCUAAGUACACCGAAACAUCGGCCGCACUGAAUCAUAACGUGGACGAGUUAUUGGUGGGGACUAUUGAUCAUAUCCGUCACAAGUUAAAUCCGUCCUUACCGGAACCGGUUCUGAAAUUAGACACCCGGAAAUCUCAUGCAUUGCGUGUUCCAUCCUUUAUAGGACCAUUUGAAUUUCUCAGUCGGCUCUUUCGAAGAGGUAACAAAAAAUCAAAGAAGUUCUAAAUUACGUUUGCAAUGGAGCAGUGAAACGUUAAUCAAUAGGCAUCGUCAUUUUUCUAAACGUACUCGUAUAUUUUGUCAAAGCACACGACUCAGUUAUUUUUGUUUGUUUGCCUUCAUUAUUCGAGAAUACUUUAUGAUGCUGAACUCAAAAGUUUUUUUUUAAUUAAUUUUGUUUAUUUACCAAUACGUACAUAAACUAUCCUUAUUUUAAGAACAGAAUAAUUUUUUUCUUGAAUUCAUAAUAAUAAAGUGGGAAUUUUUGAAAUACUAAAAGAUAAAAUCAAAAAAAGUAUACUACCAAGCUUGAUUGGUUACCAUAAAAAAGCUGCCAUUUUUAUAGGCAACAAACAAAAAUAUCCUUAAUUAGUCACAUAAAAUGCAGUUGCGCCGUUCGUCGAGUUAUCCAAGGUUGUAUUGUAACGUCAUUAUGAGUUAAGAUAAUGUUACGGCUAUGCUAACUGAAGAAAUAGUAUUAAUCUGGUUUUGCAGACAUGUAAUGAUUUUUAUUUACUUUGUCAAUUUUUACUGUUUUAUGAUCUGCAAUAUGUUAGAUAUUUAUGGAUGGAUAUUACAUUGUAUUUUGUUACCAAGAAUGCAACUUUUAAGUUUAACUCCUCAGAGUGAUCAAUGCCUUUUCACAAACACGUGCUUGCUUCAGCUAAUCUACAUGUAAAAGAAAUGUUAAGGUCUAUUUAUAAUUCAGACCCUUUUGGUACUUUUAUUACUUCUUUUAAUUAGAUAAUCCAAAAGAAAAAGCAAAUUAAUUUGUUUACUUGAACAAAAUGCCUCCUUCAUGAAAGGGGGUUUCAUUACCUGCCAGCAUCAAUUGUAAAUUCUGUUUUUGAGUGUAAUUCUAAUAAAAGGUAGAUUAUUUUGUUAA